AUGCAGCUGCAAGAUGGUUCUGUCGGUAAAGUGAUUAACUUUAUAACCUCACAUGUUGUGGCUACGUCCUUCGCCGGAAUAAUUUCGGAGCAGUCAAGGGUGGUCGCCGACCACAGCAUCAUUCCCCACCUACGAACAACAGACUCUGGCCGUCUCAUAAAGUUUGAGAAGUUCUCUCACUAUGUUGCUAGACAACUGGGAUUGGCAGAGAGCGAGGGUCCAGAAGUGUGCAGAUUGGCAAAUGAGUAUUUGAUGAAAUCGAAGGAAUGUGUGGAAAGUAUCGUUCAAUAUUUUGCCCAUCAGAACGAUCCUACUUUACCAGCAAAAUUGAUUCAUGAGUUUGACCGGUGCAUCCUCAGUUAUUUCGCGUUUCACUGGAACCAGCCUUCUUUGCUCAUUAGUCAGGUAUACUUUCACUACCUCAAUUAUUAA